ACAUAAACUAAAUUCCAGGAGUUCUAGAAGCACACGUGUGAAAUGUGGGCCCUCCAGUCCCUUUCCCAACAAGGAAAAUAUACUUCCAGAACCCCCAUAUAAAAACCCAGCAAAGAACAUAACAUAACAAACAAUCAAACAAACAAUUGCCUCUCCCUUAAAUUCAAGCAUAAACCUACACAGCAACAAACCUAAAUACAACAUAAACAAUUCCCUCUCAAAAUGCAGGAAGCCGUCGAAGAUGGAUAUUUAUGCCUAUGCCCCAGCUUUAACAAUUUUGGAUAUUUAGCAGAAAUCGCUGCUAAAAUCUCCGAUGAAUUUCAGUCAUCGGAGAACGAUAGCUUCGAUGAUGACGAAGAUUUUGAAUUUUCUUUGGUCAGUGAAAAUCCUGAUACCGCCGAAUUCAUCUAUGAGGACGGUCAAACUAAAUUCCAGCCAAGUUUCCCUGUUUUCAACCGCGAUUUAUUACCAAUGGCUGAUGACGAUUCUAAGAAAGUUAACGACGAUAAGUCUGAUAGUUCAAUUCGUAUUCCUUUGAAGAAUUUAUUUCUAGAAGAACAGGAAUCCACAUCGGAGGCGGAUGAAUUCGAGACGAUACCUGAGGGAACAUAUUGUGUGUGGAAGCCGAAGAUAACGGAGCUAUCACCUGGAAAAUGUAAGAAGAGUAAAUCAACAGGAUCGGUAUCUAAACGGUGGCCAAGGAUUCGAGAUUUGUUACGGAGGAGUAAUAGCGAUGGGAAGGACAAUUUUGUAUUUCUGAUACUGAAAAAGGCGACGAUAAACAACAACAAUAUAUCUAGUGUGAUUUCACAAUUGGAAUCUGCGGAUAGAGUGCACGUGAAGCUCUUGCCUCAAACAAAACCAAAUUAAAGUAGUUCAGAAAAGAAAAAGGCGAUAAAAGAUGAAACAGGAAAAGCGAAGAAUUCCGGCGAGGUUGUGAAGGCGGCCGGAAAAUUGAAGGGGUCACCGGCGGCUGGUCAGCAGACACUUUAUUAUGUACGAAAUAGAGAGGGUAAAGAAGUUGAUAAGAAUAGGAGAAAAUCAUAUUUACCGUACAGGAAGACCUAAUAGGGGCUUUCGCCAUUGGUUUGAGCAAAAGUUAUCGUCCAUUUUAACACCAUGUAAAUGCCCUCUAGUAAUAGAAUUAUUAUGGAGAUUUUUGUACCAUGUGAUUUUGGGACAAAUCAUUACAAAAUGUAUGUUGCUUUUUUACUUCCCAAUUCUUAAAGUAAAAGAAUUCUGAUAA